CUGGAGAGAGAAAGAAAGAUGAUAACGACAAAGGGAAAGAGAAGCCGUAGAAGCACUGCUCCUCGUAAAACCCAAAUUAAUUGGGAGAAUUCCAGUGUUCUCAAUCAAUUUAACGUUCAAAGCCGAAAUACGUUCAAGUUGACCAAAGAUGAUUGCAAUUCGCCACCAGCUACUGUGCGUAUAAGCAAGGAUUUUCGUGUCAUAAUGUCCGAUCCUGAAGACAAAGAUAUUGACUCGAGAUCUGCUGCCUGCUGGGAGAGCUAUACAAUCAUAGCUAUAAACAGCCGUAAUGACAAUCCAUCAGACUAUGAGCUUGUGGAGACUGGCCCUGUUGGCAUAGGAUAUCUUUCAUCAGGCAGCCGUAUUUUGCAUUUUAACUUCAAGGUUAAGAUAAAGGGUGUAUCCGAUGUCCAAACCUUUUUUACUGAGCUCACAGAAACUAAAAUCAAUGAUGUCCGUGUUGACCAUGUCGUCUGCAUGGGGCCAAGCAACUUACUACCAGAGAAAGCUGAUACUCGUGGUUGCCUCUGUUGUUAUCCUCAAAACAUCCACCAUCCUGAAUACUCUAUGCUCUUUCGAAAUGGCGGGGAAGAUCAUUGGAAGACCUUGUGUUCCAAAAUCGAUGAGGUCCAUGAUUACCUUUGGAGAAUACGGAGAAGAAAGAACAAAAAGGAUGUAGACCUUUCUCUUAAGUUCUCAGAUACCGGACUUGAGUACGUGGGUGAAACUUGUGAUUGCUCAGACGAUAGACGUGCAUCUGUAGCCUUGCGCUUGUUUAAUAAAGAACAGGGUUCAAACUUUGAGCUUGUGAAGAUUAGUGGCUUUAAAGUAGUAAACACUAGUAUAGGCUUUCUCAUGCAUAUGAACUUUGAGGCUAAAGAGGAGCCUGGUGUUGAAGUGAAGACUUUUUUUGCUGAAGUAAUUUGUUGUGGCUAUUUUUUCCUGGUUGACUUUUGCAAAUGCUUGGGGCCGUCUAAUCACUUACCAGAUGAAGCCAAUCUUCGAGGCUGCUGUUAUUGCACAGCCAAUAUUCAUCAUCCUCUUGGUCCGGGUUACAUCAUUGGCCGGGAAUUAGGAACUCUGAGUUACGAGUGUGAAGAUUGAUGCAAUUGUUAAGUGAUUGUGAAAAGUUCAUUUACUUCUCUUUCAGUUACUAAUGAAUUUUGUUCGUUCUCGGGUUAGAUGAUAAAUUUACAGAAGUCUUUUGUCCGCUUUAGUGCUAAUACUCCUCAGGACUACAAGGAUUUCCUUUCUUCUACUCUUCAUAUGCAGGCUCGUUCUUCCAUUGGUGAGUAUUUAGGCCUUCCAGUUGAUCUCAGCCGGCGGAAAUGUAAAGAUUUCCAAUUUAUGGUUGAUAGGAUUGCUCAGCGUUUAUCUUCAUUUGCCUCCUUGCAUUUAUCCUCAGCAGCUAAAUUAGUCAUCAUUAACUCUGUUUUGGUGGCUGCUUUUAAUCAUGUUCUCUCGGUUUUUAAGAUUCCUACAACCAUUUGCGACCGGAUAGAUUCUCUGUUGUCCAGAUUUUGGUGGCGUUCUGGUCAAUCAUCGAAGGGUUUGGCUUUAGCUCCUGACUCGAUGUCACAUCUUCCCAAAGGCCUGGGAGGUCUUGGUAUUAGGCAUAUUCGUUCGUUUAAUCAGGUUUUACUUGGUGUUUGAUCCAUCAUCCCAACUCCUGGUUUCGAGGGCGGUUAAAGCGAAAUAUCCUACUUUACUCUCUCCUCGCCCGUACUUGUCGACUGUUCGCUCUUCUUGGGGUAGUAAGGGUUUGUUGGAGGGUGGAUCUGUGAUUCAGAAAGGUCUUUCUUGGAAGAUUGGUUCAGGGAAGUUAGUUAAAAUUUUGGAGGAUUGUUGGGUUCCUGGUUUUGAUGUGGUUUUUUCGCUCUUCGAUUUCUGAACAUGAGAGACCUACCUGGGUGUCUGAGCUUUUUAUGCCUGGUUCUCUCGUAUGGAAUUGUUCCUUAAUUCGCAGGCUUUUCCCUCAGUCAAUUGCGUCGGCUAUUUUGGCUUUGGAAUGCCCAAAGCAGGAAAUUGAUGAUUUUAUUUACUGGAAACAUACUAGGGAUGGUUCGUUUUCUACUAAAUCUGCUUAUUCCUGUCUACUUUCUUCCCUGCGUAUGAAUCAUAAUAGCCUUUUGACUAAAGGUUGGUGGAAGCGAUUAUGGGGCUUGCCCAUCCUGCCAAAAUGCAAGGUGUUUACAUGGAAAAUUUGUAAUAAUGCCUUGCCUACGGCGGCUGUUCUUAGCCUUAAAGGUAUGCCUAUUGAUCCAGCUUGCAUCUUUUGCCGUUCUGCGUCUGAGUCAGUUGAACAUUUAUUUCGUGAUUGCCAGUUUUUUCUAGUCAGCUUUGGAGCCGGUUGGCUUUGGCUUGUUGUUCCAACACUUCUACAGAUUCUCCAUUUCUUGGUUGGUUUGAAAAUAUUGUCUCUCUUUUGGCUCAUGAUAAGGACUGGAAUCAGUUGGAUGCUUUCUUUAGUUUAUGUUGGGCAAUAUGGAUAGUCAGGAAUAAUGCUCGAUUUAGAUCUGAAGUUUAUUCCCCUCAGUUAGUUCUUGAUUUGGCCUCUUCUUGGCAUGCCCGGAGUAGGGAUGCCCGAGUUUGGGAUCCUGGUACGUUUAGUGCUCCCCCGGGUUUUCCUUUUCGGUCUACGAUCUUUUUUGUUUUAGGGCCUAUGCACCAGGAUUAUGAGGAGAUUCUAUAUGUUGACGGUUCGUGGGACUCCACUUCUUUUACUGCCGGAGCGGGUUGGUGUUUUCGCCGUAUGGACUCUUCUACCUUAGUUGCUGGGGGAGCUAGAGCUUGUACUGCGACUUUUGCGUUCCAUUCUGAGUUACUUGCUUGUUGUUGGGGUCUUCGUCAUGCUAUUCAGCGGGGUAUUUCCAAGUUGUUGAUCUGUACAGACUGCAUUUUAGUCCCACGGCUUAUUGUGGAGCUGGGUUUUAAGGACGUAUCAGUUAUGUGGAUUCGGGAUGAUAUUUGCAGUUUGAUCCCUUCCUUGUCUCUUUGUCACAUUCAAAAGGUUCCUAGAUCAUCAGUUGUUGAGGCUCAUCGGUUGGCUGGUGCUGCGCGACGUCGUCAAAUUAUUUCUUUUGUUUUUUGAUUUUGUUUGUAGUUCCCUUUGUCAAAAAAAAAAAGAGCAAUGGAUCAUUUGCUGGACUUUGUGUAUGGUGGGAUUUGUGAUGAGUUGUGAAGUGAGUAUAGAGCUGGUUUGUCGUUCCUUUAUUA